CUCUCCUCCCUGAAAUCUCUGCAAGAUGUGUCGCUGGUUUGCAUUCGUGUCUCACAAUCCGGUUCUGCUGGAAGACGUCUUGAUCGAUCCGAAGCAUGCGAUCACCAAACAAGUGCACGAUCAUUAUUUGCCAGGUCUUCUUCACAAUAAUCCCGACGAGACCGUCGAACAAAAAGCUGCGGCUGAGAAGGACCUCGCUCUCCGAAACCUGAUGUUCAACAUCGACGGCUUCGGCGUCGCAUGGUACACGCACACGCGCGCGCAGUUCGAGCCCGACUUCACGCAGGGCCCCCGUCCCGCGAUGUACAAGACCGUCGCGCCCGCGUUGACGGACCCGACGUUCACCUACAUAUGCGGCAACACCGCGUCGAGCUGCAUCCUCGCGCACAUCCGCGCGGCGAGCGCCCCGCCCGUCGUGCAGACGAACAACCACCCGUUCAUAUUCGGGCGGCACAGCUUCAUGCACAACGGCUCCGUCUCGAACUUCCGCAGCAUCCGCCAGGAGCUGUCGCGCCGGAUCAGCAGGGAGAACCUCGGGCUGAUCCAGGGCAACUCGGACACGGAGCACGUCGCGGCGCUGUACUUCACGCACCUCGGGGACACGGCGGCCACGCACCCGAUCGAGCACAUGCGCGACGCGCUCGCGCGGACGAUCAAGGACGUCCAGGACGCGCAGGCGGCGGUGCUCACGCCCGACGAGCUCAAGACGUCCGCGAACUCGCUGAACCUCUGCACCACCGACGGGGAGCAGAUGAUCGCGGUGCGGUGGCGCAACUCGGAGACGGAGCAGCCGCCGAGCCUGUACGCGUCGACGACGGCCGGGGUCGUGCUCAACCGGAAGCACCCCGGGGCCAGCAACGAGGGCCCCGACUCGCCGCAGGAGCUGCUCGCGAAGCUCGGCUCCGCGCGCGAGCUCGCGCAGGAGCGGAACGCGCACGGGCUGCACCUCAUCGUCGCGUCGGAGCCAACCACGUUCGACGCGAGGGAUUGGAAGCUGCUGGAUAAGAACGACUGCAUCAUGGUGGACAAGAACAUGCGUCUGACGGUGGACGCGCUGAGGCUGCCUGCCUGAGGGGGAUGUCGGUGCACGGAAACUGUAACUUGUGAUGUGCGUGUGCGUUGGCGACGAAUGACAUUGGUCUCUUGUACAGUACGGCUGCUGCGAGUGGCGGGGCGGGGUGCUGACGUUAGGGGACGCGCUCGCCGGGGGAGUGAUGUCAUCGCGGGCCACCGAGCGUCGCAUGUCGCAGAAGCCGCGUGCACACACACACCCGAACCCCCUCGAGCCCUCUUAUCGAUGACCGCGCUCAAGAUGGCCCCCGUACAAACAUCAGCCCAGUUUUGGCACCCUGAGGGCACGGACGCCGCCGCCGCCCCGCAGAGCUUCCCAGUCGAGGGCGUCGACCCGCACCUGGCGUUCUACAGGCCCGAGGUCCUGGACACGAUCGCGCGAGAGAUCGACGCCAUCGGCGGGGAGCUCAGGGCGCUCAGCUUGGAUAUCCACCAGCACCCCGAGCUCAAAUUCGAAGAGACGCACGCGCACGACGUGCUGACGGCGUUCAUGGGCGCGCGCGGGUGGGCGGUCGAGCGGCACUACUUCCUCGACACCGCGUGGGCCGCGACGUUCGUGCACGGCGCGGGCGGCCGCGUGCUCGGGGUCAACUCGGAGAUGGACGCGCUCCCUGGGAUCGGCCACGCGUGUGGGCACAACCUCAUCGCCAUCGCGGGCGUCGCCGUCGCGUGCGGCGUCAAGGCCGCCAUGCUGAAGCACGACAUCCCUGGGAAGGUCGUCUUGCUGGGCACGCCAGCUGAGGAAGGAGGAGCGGGGAAGGCCAUCCUUCUCGAAAAGGGCGCCUAUCGGGAGAUGGACGCGUGCCUCAUGUGCCACCCUUCGCCUGGGCCCAAGCACGGCGCGAGCCUGAGCAGCUGUCUUGCGCUGAUCCGUCUCGACGUCGCAUACGAGGGCCACACGGCGCAUGCGGCCAUGAGACCCUGGGAGGCGCAGAACGCGCUGGACGCAGCCGUUUCUGCGUACACGAACAUCUCGUACCUCCGCCAGCAGAUCAAGCCCACGCACCGCGUCCACGGCGUCUUCAAAGGCGAGGACUGGGCUGCGAACGUGAUCCCGGACAACGCGCAGAUGCUGUGGUACAUCCGCGCGCCGACGCUGGCCGAGCUCCAAGAGGUCGUCCCGCGCGUGAAAGCGUGCUUCGAGGCGUCGGCGCUCGCGACGGGGUGCAAGGUGGCGAUCUCGACGGAGACGCACCCGCUGUUCGAUCUGCGGCAGAACACGGCGCUAGGAAAGUGCGAGGCGUUUGCGGAGGUGUUCAGGAGCAAGUUCGGCCCUAUCGACCGCGUUUUCGGUAUCGACGGCGCGUCGACCGAUUUUGGGAACGUGACUUACGCGCUGCCUUCGCUCCACCCGGGAUUCUCGAUCCCGACGCUGCCGAACGGCGGGAACCACACGCGGCAGUUCGCGGAGGCGGCGGCGACGCCCGAGGCGCACGCGGCGGCGCUGAGCGUGUCCAAGUCGCUCGCGCUCGUCGGGCUGCGGGUGCUCGACGACGCGCGGUUCGCGCGGGAGGUGAGGCAUCGCGCUUCGUGCGCGGUUGGGUCGUCGUUGCUGACUUGUUUGCUUGGGCGUUGGUUGCGGCGUUGUGCAGGUCAAGGACGCGUUCGAGAAGGACAGGAAGGAGAGGGGGGUGGAUAG